AUGGAGUCUUUUGGUGUGGACUCACUCAUUGCGCUAGAAGUGCGAAACUGGAUAGCGAGAGAGAUGCGCGCAGAGCUGGCAGUGUAUGAGAUUCUUGGCGACGUCAAACUUAUUGAUACUGGAUUAGCAGCGGCCAGUAAAACCGGCUUCAGACAGCCACAUUGGACAAAGGGAGGGUCUUAG